AUGGCUCAAAAACACCACAAAAACAAAAAAAAACCUCCAUCAAUUUCAACUCUCAGUGAUACCGAGAAUCAAUUAAACAAGUUAAAUCAUGUUAAUGAUAAAGAUUCAGCUCCGCCGCCCGAACCCGAUCCUCCAAAAAUUUCACCGAAAAACUCCACCGCGGAUUCCACACCGCCGCAGCCUCGGCCGAAGUCACCUUUCCCGCCAAAAGUUUUACCGCCAUUAGAAUCACCUUCAGAACCACCACCAGAACCACCACCAGAACCACCACCUCCAGAACCUUCACCACCACCUCCAGAACCUUCACCGCCACCUCCAGAACCUUCACCUCCACCUCCAGAACCUUCUCCGCCACCUCCAUCACAAUCCCCACCGCCACCACAAUUAUCACCUCCGCCGGUGCACAAUGCAAGUUCUUCAUCUCCUCCUCGUUUAUCACAUAAACCACCACCACCACCUCCGUCGCCUCCUGAGAGGCCUUCUUCAUCAUCUUCUUCAUCUUCUCCGCCGUCUAAUGAUUCGCCACAUAAAGCUAUGCAUGAAAAACCAAGAGACUCUCAUUCGCAUGUAUCCUCGCCCGUCGAAAUAGUUGCUUAUACCCUUACCGGAGUUCUGGUUGUCGCCUUAGUUGUCUUCGCCGUUUUUUUCACUUUUAGGAAGAAGAAAACGAAAGGAGAUGCAUAUGGUGGACCCUUUAUGCCACCUCCUGGUACUAACUUUCAGGUUAAAUCAGGUGCUGAUGGACUUUACUAUGUACAGCAACCUUCCAUUAGAAAUAACUACGUCGCGACCGCUGGAGCAAACAGCAAGAAACAUAUAAGACGAGCUUCCGUGGAAUCUGUACAGCCCCUAAGUGCACAAAUAGUUUUUAGUUAUGACAUGGUAAAAGAAAUAACCAAUGCAUUUUCUAGUCAGAAUGUGAUAGGGGAAGGAGGAUUUGGGUGUGUUUACAAGGGUAAGCUGCUGGAUGGAAAAGAAGUGGCGGUCAAGCAGCUUAAGGUUGGUAGUGGGCAAGGAGAUAGGGAGUUUAGGGCCGAAGUGGAGAUCAUUAGCCGUGUACAUCAUCGACAUUUGGUAUCGUUGGUUGGUUAUUGCAUUUCUGAGCAACAAAGAGUACUUAUAUAUGAGUUUGUUCCUAAUGGAAAUCUUCAUCAUCACUUGCAUGGAAGUGGAAUGCCAGUGUUGGAUUGGGCCAAAAGGGUGAAGAUAGCUAUUGGUGCUGCAAAGGGUCUGGCGUAUCUGCACGAGGACUGCAGCCAAAAGAUUAUUCACAGAGAUAUUAAAUCACCCAACAUACUUCUGGAUGAUGCUUUUGAGGCACAGGUUGCAGACUUUGGGCUUGCAAGGCUAACAGAUGCUGCCAAUACCCAUGUAUCAACUAGGGUUAUGGGUACCUUUGGGUACAUGGCUCCAGAAUAUGCAACAAGUGGAAAAUUAACAGAUAAAUCAGAUGUUUUCUCAUUUGGGGUUGUCCUCCUUGAGCUUGUAACAGGAAGAAAAUCGAUUGAUGAAACCCAGCCUUUAGGAGAUGAGAGUUUGGUUGAGUGGGCUCGUCCACUACUUAUCCACGCCUUUAUGACACGCGAGUUUGGUGAACUAGUAGAUCCAAGACUAGAAAAUAACUAUGUAGAGAGUGAAAUGUUCGGAAUGAUAGAGGCAGCUGCAGCUUGUGUUCGCCACUCAGCUCCUAAACGGCCUCGUAUGUCUCAGGUGGUAAGAGCUUUAGACAGUGGAGACGACAUAUCUGAUUUAUCAAACGGAGUAAAAUACGGUCAGAGCACUGUCUAUGAUUCUGGCCAGUACGACAAAGAGAUCAUGCUAUUCAGGAGAAUGGGCAACGAAAGCUACGGUGAUUCUGAUAUAGAUAAAUACAGUGGAGAAUCCAAUCCUUCAAAAGAGAAUUUGAGAUCACAGCAUUCAUGGAUGCACAGUACUUCGAGUACCGAGUCAGAGUCAAGAGCUUUCAAUAAGCAUCAAGGCAGGCAUGAAUGA